AUGACUGCUGAAGACCCUGUUCACUCCACUGACUCAGUCGAGACCAGUUCUACACAUCAGAAAAAACACUUUCGCAAAGCUCUAGGCGAGAUCACCAUCAACAACCUCGGUCAGAUCAGAGCCAUUCAUGCUGCUGUACCUUCUCACACACCAGAUGUACUGGAUGACACUUUGCUCAAUGAUGCAUUAGCACUUGAUCCCAUUUCACGUAUAGUGUAUUUCAACGAUGUAUGCGCUGGUGCGGUUCUUUGUCGCAAAGUGCCUGCUUUAUCUACAGAUACGACUGAUAAAAUGGAUGUAGAGAUUGUUUCACUGCUUGUGUUGCCUGCUUACACAGGUCUGGGUUUAGCAUCUAUGUUGGUUAAAAAUGUUGUUGAAGAAGCUACAAAACAUCCAAAAGUGGGCAGAGUGUUUGUCAGUAUUGACAAAACAUGUCCAAUCAAACGAGGCAUGUAUAGCAAGGCUGGGUUCGAAACCGAUUCUGAACCUUCCGAUGUCUCUGAACUCUUGCGUCUGGUCAAGUCAGUCUAAUAGCAUAAAGUCUUGCUGGUAGAUAUCAAGAUGCAUGUUCAAGCUGUUUUUUGAACCAAUUCUAUUUUCAAAUAAACUUUUAUUUGAAUAGG